GUGUUAGGUCGCUAUUUGUUUCUGUUUGGAAUCAAGUGUUUGGCUAAUUAUUUCAGGUUUUGAGUUCAGGGUUUGUCUUUAUUUCAGAUUCCACCAGUGAUAUAUAGCUUUAUUGUAAUGUAGUGAACAAAAGAAAAGCUUUACUGUAAUGUAAAAUAUAGAUAGGAGCCCAUGAUUCGUAAUUUUAACUGCAACUAAUUUUUUUUUUAAACUCAUCAACAAUUUUUUAUUAACCAAUCGAAGAGGAACAUGAUUUACACCACAAAAGUUUUAACCACAUUUACAAACUGAGAUCUCUUGUAUUACCUAAAGCCACCAAUUAGAGCUUAAGCUACCUGAAUUUGGACUCAGACGUAAUUCAACUAAAAUUUUAAUUCAUAGUGUCUAUAGCUGCCAUAUAUAUUAAUUAAUAUAAUUUGGAAUGCCCAUAAUCUUGAUAAUUAAACCAAUCUUUUUCAACUAAUUAGCCACAAUGUAGCACCAUCAUCUCUCUAUAUAUAUAAUAUAUAUUGCACUUUUGCAUACACAUGCAGUCGAUCAAUGUGUAAUGAGUAUAUGAUAAAAAAGAGUAUGAUAAUAAAACGGUCGUAUUGAACACUGAUGAGAAGCAAAAAUAAAAUAAAAUAAAAAGAAAUAUGAGGGAAAGAAGUAUGGGCGAAAAUAAUAAUAGUUGGGAGUUACGUGAAUUUAUUCUGGUAGUGCGGACAUACUGCUUAUAAGCGUCACGUGAAGCCAUUUGGUCCCACUACCUUUGAAAAGUACCACUCAAUCCAUCAUCAGCCUAUCAAACCUAUUGUUUUACUGAACGUUGGAGAUUGUUCCAAACCAUCUUUGUCAAUCCGACAUGGGACCAUGGUCUCUUUGAUAUCCGAUCCGGUUCGUGAUUAGCUUAAACUUCAGAUUACAAAAAAAAUCUUCAAUUUUACAAAAAAAAAAACAAACGCCAAUUUUACUGAAUGUUUCAGUUAUCAUAUAUCAUUUCACUAAAAUUUGAAGAUGUGGAUAUAUGCAUAUAGGCUAGGUUGAAUGGAAACGGAAACGGAUACGUGGAAACGAAACGUUUCGAAACGUUAUUAUUGAUUUUUUUUGCUUUGGAAACGUUAUAACAAAACUCAUUACUUAAAUAUUAAAUAGCUGAAAUAAAAUAAAAAUCAUAACAGCAAAUCAAAGAUCAAUAACAUCAUCUUCAACCUCAUUUUCAUUAGCUCUAUCAAACAUGACCACUGUCAAAAUAACAAACUAAUCCUUAUAUUUAUUAAUUAUUUAUACAAUUUGUUCUAAAAAAUGAGUUUUUAGCGUCUCCAAAAACAGAAUCGUGAGUUUCUAGAAACGCAAGUUUCCAUUAAAUUUCCAAACUGAAAAUUUUAAAAAACGAGUUUUUAAUGAGUUUUCUGAGAGAUUCCGAUUCCAAAACGUUUCCGAAACAUGAAACGGACCUUCAACGGAGUUUCCAUGGAACAUAGCAUAUAGGUAAACGGGAUAUAUGCAAUUUAACUUUAAUUAUGUAAGUUUAAAUUAUUGAUAAUUAUAAAAUACCAAAACUCUACAAACUAAUUUAAAAUAAGAAAUAAGAAAUGAAAUUGCUUAAUAUUAUACAUCUAAUUAAUUAGGUAAGAGUGAUUAUAUUCGACAAGAUGAAUUACGGAAAUUUUCUUUUCAGAAAAGUUGGAUAGCCACUUUACAAUUUACCGUUUCGUUCACUACGUUGCUUUUUCCGAUGGAAAUUGCCCCUGACUUUAGAAAUGCUAGUUCGGAAUCUUUCAUGGUGGCUCAUGGGACCCAAGCUUAUUUUCACAUUCUUCUUAUGUUGUAAGAGAUGAUUUGUAUUAAUUGAAAUAAUACAGCAAUUGUAUAAUUCAAUUAUUUCUUUGAUUUUAUUGUUAUAAUAAAUGAAGUUAGAGAAUAGUAUAUUUUACCAAAAAAAAAGAAGUUAAGAGAAUAUAUAUACUUUGUAAUCACACAUACUAUGUCAUAAUGGAAUUAUAAUUCAGUAAGCCCAUGGGCUAAGGUAGGCCCAUUUUAUCUCUUUAAAAUACAAAAACAAACGUCACAAUGGGAAUGAAUGCAUUGGCCGUUAUUCUCUCAGCCGAACUUUUCCCGCGCCGAGAGAAACCUAUUAUUCGAUUUUCACCACUUUUCUUUUCCUUCCUCUCUACUUCACUUCUCCUUCUUCAUUAUUAGUUUUGAACUCUGAGCCCAUGAUCGUUGUUACAGAUGCAAGAAACAGAGGUGAGUGUCAGAGACAUACACAUAUCUGAUGGUUCCGAAGAAGAAGAUUCAAUGCACGAACAGCAAAACUCAAACAAUGAACAAAUGGUUGAAGCGUUUCGUAACUUGCUUCUCCUCCACGGCCAGUUACCUGCAAAGCACGGAGAUUCCAAUACACUUCUCAGGUUUCUAAAGAUGAGGGAUUUUGAUUUGGGGAAAGCCAAAGAUGCGUUUUUGAGUUACAUGAAGUGGCGUGUUGAUUCUAAAGUGGAUUUGAUCUCUAAGGAGUUUAAGUAUGAGGAGUACGGUGAAGUGAAGAAGCAUUACCCUCAUGGGUUUCAUAAGGUAGACAAAAGUGGUAGGCCAAUAUACAUAGAGAGGCUAGGGAUGGUUGACUUGAACGCGUUUUCGAAAGCAACCACCAUUGAGAGAUAUGUUAAGUAUCAUAUCAAGGAGCAAGAGAAAACGCUGAGCUUGAGGUACCCGGCGUGUUCGAUUGCUUCAGAGAAACAUGUUUCAUCUACCACAACGAUCUUGGAUGUUUCUGGAUUGGGAAUGUCAAACUUUUCGAAAUCUGCAAGAUCUCUCUUCAUGGAGAUUCAGAAGAUAGACAGCAACUAUUACCCUGAGACGUUGCAUCGCCUCUUCGUUGUGAAUGCCAAUUCUGGAUUUCGGAUGCUGUGGCUUGCACUCAAGACCUUUCUUGAUGCUCGGACAUUGGCCAAAGUUCAGGUGCUAGGACCCAACUACCUUGGAGAGCUACUUGAAGCAAUAGAUCCAAGCAACUUACCAACAUUUCUUGGAGGAAACUGCACCUGUUCAGAUCGUGGAGGGUGUCUUUUCAGUGAUGAAGGACCCUGGAAUGAUCCAAACAUCAAGGCAAAGAUCCAGGAGACUUUCACAAUGGGAGAUGCUGAUUCUGAGGAACAUACUAUGGAUAAAGUCUCAGAAAAUGCUUCAACCAAUCAAAAAGAAGAUUCAGGCAAGAACAUGAUUACUUUGAAGAAGUAUGCUUCCCUGAGAGAUGCUGUUAAGGAAGCACAGAAGGUGUGGUUGGUUCUUGCAGAGAAUUGAAAUGUUAGAGAUGUCACUUCAUGAAACAAAAAGGGCCAUGAAUGGACUUGCGGAGAUCAUUGAGACCAUUAAACCGAAUCAAACCGAAACAACCAAUAGCCAAAUGCAAACCGGUUUAGAUCGUAAGCCAAUAGUUAGGAAAAUGUCCGGUUUGAGCUGAAGGAAAUAUUACAUCACUGAUGAUGUCGAUUUGUGUGUGGAAUCUCGUACUAGGACGAUAAAUGCAAUCAUGUGUGGAGCCAAUCUGUCACACAUGCAACUGCACGUGUGAUUGAUUACUGAACUUCAUUUUGAUCCUCUUCCCGAUGUCAAAUGCUUCAUUGGCAGAACAAUAAAUAUUUUAUUUACAUUCAAGUCACUUUAUAGUAAAAAAAAAAGGAUUGUGAUGAUUA